ACAUAUUAUUAAUGUAAUUAAUUGGACCUCAAAGGAAUUAAAGGGAACAAGAAACAUAAAAAACCUCUUCAAUCGAUCAAUCGUAUAAUAUGAUGGAGGAAACAGGGGAUGAUGUCAGAUCCUCCCUACUCCGAUUCACUCGCCGGAACUCCGUCAACUCCCUCCGGGGAGAAUUCAUCACUAAACUCCCUCUCAAGCUCCAACCUGGCAUCGAUCUCGAGUCUUCUUCUCUUAUAAUUGAUUUCUCCAAAGCCACUUCAACCCUAUCUAAAGGAGAGAAAGAGUACUAUGAGAAACAAGUGGCAGUACUGAAAUCAUUUGAAGAAGUUGACUCUGUCGUUGCCUCUGAUUGUCUUGUUCAAGAAGAUCCUCAAGAACAAGUUCAACAUGAGAGAGCAAUGAAGAUAUCCAAUUAUGCAAAUGUCAUAUUACUAGCCCUUAAGAUUUAUGCUACAAUAAAGAGUGGAUCCAUAGCCAUUGCUGCAUCAACACUUGAUUCCUUACUCGAUCUUAUGGCUGGUGCUAUACUUUGGUUUACUCAUCUCUCUAUGAAAAAUGUCAACAUUUACAAAUAUCCCAUCGGAAAACUUAGGGUCCAACCCGUCGGAAUUAUCAUCUUCGCCGCCGUCAUGGCCACACUAGGCUUUCAGAUAUUGCUUCAGGCUGUACAACAGUUAAUUGAAGAUAACCCCUCGGAAAAGAUGACUUCAGAUCAAUUGAUAUGGCUCUAUUCCAUUAUGUUAUUUGCUACUGUAGUCAAACUUGCAUUAUGGCUUUACUGUAGAACUUCAGGAAACGAAAUUGUCCGGGCAUACGCUAAGGAUCACUACUUUGAUGUGGUGACAAAUGUAGUUGGGUUAAUUUCGGCAGUCAUGGGUGAUAAACUGUAUUGGUGGAUCGACCCUGUUGGUGCCAUUGUGCUUGCAAUUUACACUAUCAUAAAUUGGUCUGGAACUGUUCUUGAAAACGCGGUUUCGUUGGUGGGACAAUCAGCUCCACCGGAUGUUCUACAAAAACUGACUUAUUUGGUCUUGAGUCAUCCACAAGUUAAACGAGUAGACACUGUUCGUGCUUAUACGUUUGGCGUGCUAUAUUUCGUAGAGGUUGACAUCCAACUUCCAGAAGAAUUGCCAUUAAAAGAAGCACAUAAUGUGGGUGAGACAUUACAAAUUAAGAUUGAGAAGCUUCGAGAAGUUGAACGAGCCUUUGUUCAUCUCGACUUUGAAUGUGAUCAUAAACCAGAGCAUUCUAUACUCACCAGAUUGCCCAACUAUCAGGAUUAAUUGAUUCAUGCAUUGAUCUAUCUUUAUUAGAUAUAAUGUUCAUCUGGAAUGAAUUUAAACUUAAGAGGAUAACAUCUUAAAUUCGAAUCUUGCUAAACCAUUUUCUUUAAAUUGGAAAAUUAUGAUGGGGAAAUGUUGUACUAGGGAUUCCAAGAGAUUGAACUGGUUUUAAAAAUUAUUGUUAUAAGGGGAUAACAUCAACCAUUGUGUGGUUGGUAACAACCCUUUUAUCUAGAUUUUUAUUUAUGUUAGCUAGCAUAAUUUUUGUAUUAGUUGUUCAACAUAAUAAUGAAGACUUGUUUAGUAGUACA